AUGUCUACGGGUGAACCCUCCCAAACAUCUGACCUAAGACGAGACAAUGAGUCUAACAAAUCUUCAAGUAUCGAUGUCGAAACUUUGAGUCUAGAAGCUGAAUCCUUCAUAUCCUUUAAAUCGAAAAGAUCGGAUUCAACUGUAAAGUCAUCGAUAGCUUCAUUAACGGAAUCCAUAUCUAAGAUGAGUGUAACAUCAUCCUUAAAACAAAAAAAGGAUAGAAUUAUAACGUCAGUUAAAAACAGAUUAAAAGAUUUUAACAAGAAAAUGCAUCAAACAUUUGAUAAAGGAUUUCAAGAUUUUGUUUCCAAGGAUAAGGAAAGGAAGUUGGAAGAAAAUUUUUUGGGAUAUUACGAAUGUUUGAUUCCCAGUAAUUCCGAAUUAUCGAUUCCAAAAAUCUCUCUAACGACGGCUAGAAUUGAUUUACAUGAAACUAAAACACAAGAGCCAGAAAAAGCAAAGUAUUUAGUCUUAACGAAAAUCAAAGAAUCUCCAUAUAUUAAUAAUUCAUCAUUAUUCAUUAUCACUGGUAAAGGUUCAAAAAUUGAAAAUGGAGGAUGGACAGGAAAAAAAUUUAAUGAAUUUCCUCAAUGGAUGCAAAAUGAUUCUAUUAAGGAUUUAAUAGUUGAAAACCCGGUAAAAGGACUCGGAACUUAUAGAGUACUAAUAAAAAAUAUUGAAAAUACGGAUAAUGAAGGUAAUAUUUAUAAAAAUAUUAACUUGAAGGAAUUGGAAGAAAUUGCUGAGAAAGAAGAUGGGUUUAACUACAAAAUGUUAUUAGCUGGGUAUUAUAUAAUGGGCACUAACGAUUUGAAAACCGCAAAUUUGCACCCCGCUGAGGAGAUGUAUAAAAAUGCUACAGAGUGGUAUCGUAAAGCUGAAAAGUCAGGAUCCGUUGAGGCAAAGUUAUGUCUAGGAUAUAUGCAUUGUAUUGGUUUUAGUAUGUUAGAUUAUAAUCCAGAAACGGCCAAAAAAUUAUUUAAGGAAGUGAUUAAAGCAAAUGCAGUAUCAGAAAAGACAAACUCAAGUAAAGAAACCACAUCGGAAGAAUUGGCCAGAAUAGCAAUGAGAAAUAUAGCAAUAUUAUAUCAUAAUAGCUAUGUUAUUAAACCCUUUGAAUGGAAAAAUAUUAUCAAGGAUAGUCAAUCUGCAUAUAAUCUUGGAUUACUUUACGAAGAUAAGGAUGGAAUUAAAGCGGAAAAAUGGUUUGAAAAAGCA